AUGCCACCAAGCGGCGAACGCAUCGUCAGCACCAGCACCGGCGACAUCCUCGGUAGCCGCUGGGGACGGCCAACAGCAUCCUCGUUGUCCUUUCCCCCCGCGCCGCGUCGACGACCCGCGCCGCAGACCACAACCGCCACUGCGCCGCAACCACAGUCGGUCGAGAGAACACACAAUGGCGGCGACAUCAUAGGCAGUCGGCGAGCAGCGGCGGCGGCUACAGCGGCGCCGCCCGAGCCCAUCAUCAGCACCAUCGACGAAGGCGACAUCAUCGGCCGGCGCUGGGUACCUACCAUCGACCGCCCGAACAGCAACAACAAGCAGCAACUCCUCUCCUCGCGCCACGCAACGCCGUCUCCCCACAGCAACAGCAACAGCAACAGCCGCAGUCCCGCGCCGAGCCGCUCCACCACCACAACCACCGAUCCCGCUCCGGCAGCGGGAGGAGGCCAACGCCAACAGCAGCAACAAGCACACCAACAACUCGACAAGCUCAAACGCCUCAUCGACCGCCUCUCCUGGAAAUCCCACACCCUCGUCUUCACGCAAUCGGUCGCGCUGCAAUCCGGCGCGGCCAUGGCCAACGCCGAAUCGUCGUCGACGACGACUUACGCGCAGCCGACGACCAUGUUCAAGCUCGACUUCUUCGAGUACUACGCCCUGCUCGAGCGCAUCCUCGUGCUCUUCCUCGGCUUCCACCGCGUGCCGCUGCCAUCCAACAAAAUCAAUGGUGGCGAGCUUCUUCCGAUAUCAGGGAAGGGCGGCGCGUGGGGCCACAGGUACCACGAGAGCGUGCUGGAGGCGCUGGAGGGCGCGAAGACGCGGGGUGGCGGGUUGGAGGCGUUGGGGAGUGAGGAAGUAAUAGCGGUGCUGCGCCGCGCGAAGGGGUUCCGCAAUCGGUGGAAGGAUGCGGAUGAGCAGGUCGUGCCGGCGUGGGAGUGGCAGCGGGAGGAGGUGGAGGAGUUGCGGUUGGUGGAGUUGUUGGAGGUGGUGUUGCGGGCGUUGGAGAGGGCGUACAGGGGGGCGGAGGCGAGUCUGGCGGGUGCAGUGAAUGGUGGCGUUGCGGAUGGGAGUGAGAAUGGGAAGGGAACGUGGUUGGAGGUUGGGGGCUUGCAGCAUGGGUAUGUGGAUGAGGAUAUGGAGGAUGCGCCGUGGGAGGCGGUGGGGGAUGCGAUGGAGGAUGUUAUGGAUAUGGAUAUGGAUGUGGAAUGA